UUGCUUAAUCACUUCAAAUCUAAUCCAAAAAAACCAUUCACACACCAUCGUCUCCUCUCUUUCUCUAACUCUUUUCCUUUCUUUUUUUCUUUUUUUUCUUUUUGAUUAAAGAAAUGGAAGAUUACGAGCGCAACUCAAACUCUCCAACUCAUCAUGAAGAAGAUUCUGAUGUACGGAAAGGUCCAUGGACCGAGGAAGAAGAUGCAAUCCUAGUCAACUUCGUCUCUAUCCAUGGUGAUGCUCGUUGGAACCACAUCGCUCGUUCCUCUGGGCUUAAGAGAACUGGUAAGAGUUGCAGAUUAAGAUGGCUUAACUACUUACGUCCAGAUGUUAGAAGAGGCAACAUCACUCUCGAAGAACAAUUUAUGAUCCUCAAACUCCAUUCUCUCUGGGGCAAUAGGUGGUCGAAGAUUGCACAGUAUUUACCGGGAAGAACAGAUAACGAAAUAAAGAACUAUUGGAGAACGCGAGUCCAGAAACAAGCUAAACACCUAAGAUGCGAUGUUAAUAGCAAUCUCUUCAAAGACACUAUGCGUAAUGUUUGGAUGCCCAGAUUAGUGGAAAGGAUCAACGCCCAAUCAUCACCCUCCACGUGUGAGCUAUCCGAGUCCAUGAUCACCGACCCAGGUCAACGUGUCGACGAACCGAGUCCGGUCGAACCGGGUUUCCUUCAAUUCAACCCGAUUCAUCAUGAUCAGCAACUCGUACCGGCUGCGGAGGUAUCAGCAGCGUCUUCGAAUUCGCCGGCUGAGACGUUAUCGGACGUUGUGGUGAACGGGUCGGCGGGUUAUGACCCGAUCGGUCAAACGGGUUUCGCGGGGUUCAACGAUUGGGGCUGUGUUGGUGGGGACAACAUGUGGACCAAUGACGACGAGAGUUUAUGGUUCUUGCAGGACCAGCUCCUCUCCCACGAAACGACAUCGUAUUCCUAUAACUAAGAGGGAACAAUAUAUACGAUUACGAUACGUUUUCGAAGGAAUUCAAUUGCGUCACGUUUGCUGUAAUACUUCAUUCGUGCGUGAUGCCAUUUUAGAUACGGCCUUGGUUUACGAAUCUUGACUUACUUAAUUGUUAUUAUUUAUGCUUUUUUUUUUUUUUUUUCUUUUCUUUAAUUUCCCAGACUAUAUUAAGAUCCGAUCAUCUCACACG